UUCAAUAAAAACAAUUUUCAUUUUUUUCUAAAAAAAUGAAUAAAUUAUCAAUUAUUGAGAAAAACGUACGAACACAGCUGCGAUGUAUGAUUCGUAUGAAUACGACUAGUACAAAACAAAAACAAACUCCGGCCGAGUAUUGUUUGCAGCUGGUUAGAAAGAGCGAUUAUGAGAACUUUCUAUGCACGCUAUUACUACCGCACAGUAUUAAAUCAGCAGCGUUUGCUAUACGUGCAUUUAAUGUCGAAGUGGCACAAGUGGAGGAUCAAGUGAGCGAUAACAGGAUAGGUGCUAUGCGAUUACAGUUUUGGACAGAUGCUCUGAAUGGAAUUUAUAAUGCUAAUCCUCCGAAAAGUCCCGUGGCGUUGGAGUUACAUAGGAUCCUUCAGCGACAUAAGCUAUCUAAACGCUAUUUCAAGCGCUUGAUUGAUGCUCGCUUGAGCAAGCUAAGCAGCUCGAUAUUCGUGGAUUUGGAAUCGCUCGAAAAAUAUUGUGACUAUACCACAUCAUCGAUCUAUUAUUUGCUGCUAGAGGCACAGGGCACGGCAAGCGUCAAUGCUGAUCACGCAGCUAGCCAUUUCGGCAAGGCACAUGGUCUAGUCACCUUGAUACGUUCCGUGCCAUAUAAUGCUCGGAAACGAGUCAUGAUAUUGCCACAGGAUGUUCUGCUCAAACACAGCGUUUCCUCUGAAUCCAUCUUUCAGGGACAAUCGAGUGCUGGAUUUAAAGACGUUAUACUUGAAAUUGCAUCUUGCGCCAAGCAGCAUCUUAAAAUGGCGACAUCGCUUAGAAAGACAGCAGGAAAGGAUCUUAAUGUGAUAUUUUUAUCGACAGUUUGUGUGGAAAAUUAUUUAGAAAAUUUAGAAAAAGUAGACUUUGAUGUUUUUCAUCCAACAUUACAGAGAAGAAAUGGCAUUCUUCCAUUACAAUUACUAUGGAGAAAGAUAUGGUCUUAGGGUGACUUUGACUAGACUCGAAUUAACUUAAUUAGAGACUGAUUCAACCAGCAGAGAUGGAUU